CAACGUCAGCUCUUUAGGAUACUUAGGUCCGGCUCUUGCUCGUCAGCAAUCGGGGGCGGUAGGAGCGAGUUUAUAAACAGAGAAUGCGGCUGGAGCCCGAGACUGAUCAGAAUCUGCGCGCAGAGCGACUGAACUUACUGCCAACUUCUUUGGAACUUCGGAACUACUCGCUCUGCGAGAGAUACCCGCUUUGAAACGAGGUUAAAGUUUGUUGUCAGUUUUCUGAGGUUUUACUCUUCUAGGCCUCAUGGAAUACCAUUGGGGAAUAGAUCAAAUCAGUGGAUAGCUGUAUACUUGGUAUUGCGCUAUUGUUAAAGUUUUUAUUCAGUCGGCCUACAAAUUCUAUUCUCGGACGAGUGCAUUCAUUGGAAUACCUCUACACAGACUUCAACCGAAGCACAGCCCACAGGUGGGAGCGGAUAGGGUGUGAGCAGCAUGCUGUAAAUUUUACGGUUAGCUUUAUUUUCCUCAAAACGGGACCUCCCUUCAAUUUCCCUCAACUUCGACAUGUGGGAAAGAACUUACCUGAGGUCACAGCCAUCCAGAAGUCUGGAUAGUGACCGGACUCGACGUUUUUCUACAAGGACACCGAGGUCACUCUCCGAUAAGGGUAUGUCCCUGGGGCUGACGUCCCUACCUGCUGUGUUCCUGGCUUUGUUGUACCUGGCCUCGACCCUUUCUAUCGCCGAUGCUAUCUCCUUCCAAGGAACGGGGACAAGUUAUGCCCAGUUCCCAAAAUGGCAUGCCUGCAAAGAUUCGCAACUCCGAUUCGAUUUCAAAACAACCCAGCCCAAUGGAUUACUGAUGUACACCGACGAUGGGGGCAGUUACGAUUUCUUCGAAAUGCGCAUAAAGGAAGGAAGGGUCAUCUUACGGUUGAAUAUAGUGGAUGGCAGGGAUGGGUCCGUCCAGCUCGAAAUGGGUACAGGUCUGAAUGACAACCAGUGGCACACGGUAGAAAUACGGCGAAAUCGUAUGGAGACUACUUUAGUCAUUGAUGGCAAUGCGGACAGCAAAACAUCCUUCGGAUCUGAUUUUAAGUUUGGUAUACUAGAGAAGAACAGCCCCUUAUACUUUGGUGGAAUACCUUACGCCAAGUAUAACGGAGGUGGCUUGCAUCUUCUGGCUCUGCCCUCCGUCUUCUUCGAGAAGAGGUUCAAGGGUGCCGUGAGGAAUAUCAUCGCGACCAACUGCUCGUGUGAACCCAUCAGGGCAGGCAAGCUAGAAGGGGGUGAGGGGAUAACGGACGUACCCCAGGAGUCUUGUGACAGCGAUAACACUUGCAGGAAAGGAUGUAUUUGCAUCUCCAAGGAUUCUGGGAAUGACUGUGACUGCGCCCGCAUCAACUGUCAUACAGAUGGUUACGAUGAAACACCGUUAACGUUCCUGCCCGGGGAACAAAAGUCAUACCGGAGGUCAAGGUUGCGCCGCUCUCGGUCAAGGUCAGCCAGAGCCACUGGCACGGUUGCUCCGACUGUCGAAACAGUUUAUGUGACCAUUCGUCUUCCAACUCACUACCAUGUUCCGUUCGAUCUUGUCCUCGGGGCAAACCUGGUCAACCCGUCUGGCCUUGACGCCAAGGUUAGAGGGACGCCCAUAUUGGUCAGGGGAGUUGCUGGCAACGCCAUUAAGCUGGACGGCAAGAGCAAUUGGGUCCGACUGGUUGGCCCUGGACACAGACACGAAUGCUUUGGAAAUUUGGAUAGAUGUCCCCACGGCUAUACACUUGGAAUGUGGCUAAACUUUGAGAAUCCGGGCUACAAUGAGGCUGUUUACAUGACCAAUGGUGGCCACACAGUUGAAUCGUAUGGUGUUGCGAUGAUGUACAGGAAUGGCCACUUGGAGUUCCGAUUCCGGAAGAAAGACGGGAAAGAGUGGCGCGUCAAUAGCAACAACGUCCUGGCCAGCCAAUGGUAUCACGUGGGCACCACGUGGUCAGAAGAAAACGGACUACGGCUGUAUAUCAAUGGCGACUUAGUUGAUUCUGAUACCAAUCCUGUGAUUAGAUCGCCAGAGGCGGUGACUGAGUAUUUCAACGAGUUCUACAUUGGGCGACCGAAUGAUGGUCAAAGACCCCGACAAUCUGGCUUCAUGUACAUGGACGAGUUCCACUUUUGGUCGAGAGAGAAGACACAGGACCAAAUUAGAGAAAACGGUCCAAUGUAUAGCUAUCUUUUGACGAUGAACGAAAAACAGCACGCGCAGUUCGAAUCAUACGGUUACAUCAAAGACCUGGCUUCCGGAAACCCAAAUCUGGUCCAAGGAAAAAUCGAAACCAGCCUCGCAUUGAAUGGCCAAUCACAAUUCGUCAAUCUUGGAUUCAAGAACAACACGUGCUAUGGCGAUCUUAGCGUGUGUUAUUAUGGGUUUACCUUAGGCAUGUGGGUUUACUUUACCCGUCUCACCGAUGGUGAAUACAUCCUGUACACGGGUCAAAAUGGCGCUAGCUUGUACUACAAUAAUGGCAAACUCUUCGGAAAGUUUAAACAGGGCAACAAGGAAUGGGUGACUAGCUUUCCGAAUCUCAAAACGGGCAAGUGGUACUUCUUGGAGUUGACAUGGUCACCAACAGACGGUGCUACGAUGUAUAUGGACCUGAAAGAUGUGUCCCGGAAGCCCGCUUACGCACCCAGCGCCAGUAUCUCUGGGAUGAGCCUGGAUGCGCUGAUAGGUCGGAGUCCGGCAAAGCCGUAUAGGUACGCCAACGUGAUCUUAGACGAGUUUGAGAUGUGGUACGGAUAUCGAGAGGACCUAAUCCGGCUGGGAUUCAUUCAGAGAGGUGAACCUACGAAAUUCUUUCUCGACUUAGACGAAGUCGAAGGGGGACGAGUCCCGCAUUCAAGUAUCGCUAUCGCUGCUCGCGGAAACCCUCCACCUGGGAAUACGAAGGGACAAAUAUUCGACGCCGUGCGUCUGAGGGGAAAUGGCCAAUAUUUAGACGUCGGGGACCAGGGCGGACAAUGCUUGGGAAACCUGGAUUUCUGCCAUAACGGUGUUUUACUCGCGAUGUGGAUAAAGCCUCAUAAUUUACGGAACGGAAUGUACCUGAUGUCGAACGGCUUGAAUGGCAUAACCCUCCGCUACCAGGCUGGACUUCUGAUAUGCACCGCCAUGACCACGACUCGUAGAUGGGAAGUCAGCACGGCACUCUUCACGCCAGGGGUGUGGCACUAUCUCGAAGUAAACUGGCAUCCAAUUUUCGGCCUGGCGCUAUAUCUCAACCUCCGUCUGAUAGACUCCACUUUUGCUUUCGAAAGCCAGAAUCUCGCCACUGAUUUCAAGAUUCCGCCUCACUUGAACCAGUUCUACAUCGGCAGAGGAAACGUGGACAUGAAUGGGAAGCUGUAUGCAGACGCCACAGUGGAUGACGUGUACUAUUAUUACGCCAGAAGAGAAUACCUGUUAGCCUUUGAUUACAUUAUGAGGGCUGAACCAACGAAGUACAUUCUUCACAUGGACGGUAGCAAGGGCGGCGGACAGCGCCUCGAACACCCGACACUCCACGUUACUCUUCACGGGAACCCAAAGUUCGUUCCCGGAAGAUUGAACUAUGGUGUCCUCCUCAAUGGGAGAGACCAGUACCUCGAUGCCGGCCAACACCAGGACAAGUGUUUAGGGAAUCUAGAACUCUGCAAGCACGGAUUUACUGCUGCUGUUUGGAUACAGUUCAACGAGGCAAUGGACAAUUCUUAUUAUCUGAGCACCGGGCACAGUCGAGGGAUCAGAUUAUAUUUCAAGGAUGGCUACCUUAAUGCAGUGUUUAAUACAAAUGGGAAGGCAUGGCGUGUGGCCUACAGCGGGGUCCAGCUCAAAAAGUGGUACUUUGUAGAGCUGUCGUGGCAUCCUGAACACGGCUUGACCAUGUAUGUGAAUGGAAGAAUCGUCAACCAAGGGAACCCUCUCCCGGCGUCCGAAGUUCCAAUCGACGCUACUGAGCAUGUGUACCUCGGACGCGCCAACAGAGGCGACACCUACGAUGGAAGGUUCAGAUAUGCAAAUGCCAUAUUAGACGAGGCGGAGUUUUGGUACGGUCGACGCGAAGUGCUAGUGGCGUUCGGGUGGAUAUUGCGAGGUGACAUCGACUACCGCCUGAUUCCCUUCGAAGAGAGAGACGGUGACCGUUUGAAACACCCCGACUUUGAUAUCAGGCUUCGUGACGGCGUUGGCUUUAUUCCAGGGCGGAUCGGUAACGCCACCUACUUCGAUGGUAUCUCCAGCUACGUUGUCCUCGGAGACCAGAGUGACAGUUGUGUUGGUAACCUUGGCAAGUGCGCCCACGGGAACACCAUCAGCAUGUGGCUGAAGCCCACCACUCUCCUCGACGAUGCUUACAUCAUGAGCUCAAAUACCUAUGACGUUUACAGUAAGAAUGGCCGCGUAUACGGCGUAUUUAGGGUUGGUGAUAAGGUUUGGACUGUAUCGAGUAACGAAGUCGUCCUCGGGAGGUGGCAGAGAGUAGACUUCACGUGGCAUCCCGAUCGUGGGGUUCAGAUGUUCAUCGAUGACAAGAAAGUCGACUCCGUGAUGAAUUAUGAACUCAUCAAGGAAACGGAGAGAAAAGACAACACCUUGUAUCUCGGUCGCACAACCAACAUGAGGGGAAAGAAGUUCUACCACGGUGCCAUGGACGAGUUGGGUUACUGGUUCGCGCCGAGGUCCCAUCUUGUGGCUCACGACUAUUUCAAAGGAGGAUUUUUUGUAGGCAUAUCGCACGCGUCAUUUCAAGACAGGAUUCCCACCGAGUAUUAUGACUUCAGCAAUAUCUACAAUGGCCGACUGGUGAACACGUACAAUAAGGAGAUUGUCAUUAAUGGCAAUGCUCAGAAAACUACCUCACUCGGCGGAGAGAACACUGCCAUUGUACUAAAUGGUCUCAGCCAGUAUAUCGACUUUGGGGAGAACGUCACUUGCCGUGGUAACCUCCAUAACUGUAUAGACGGUUUAACCAUGCGUGUUGUUGUGAAACCUAACGAAUUGAAGGACAAAACCUAUUUCGUGUCUGGCAGAAACGUUGAACUUUAUUACGAAGAUGGCAAGCUGGUGGGGACUGUGAAGAAUUCUGAUCAGCAGUGGUCGGUGAGCUAUCCCGGGUUGGAGCCAAACAAAUACCACGUGAUUGACUUGACCUGGUACAGGGGAGAAGGAUUGCACCUGCGGGUGAAUUGUGUCAAAAGAGGCCACCAACCCUUGCCCGUAGCUCGCACAGAUAAAGACAGGCCGUACACCCGCUUUUACGUCGGGCGGGCAAACACUGAUAUGGCACGUGAAAAUUACGCCAACGCCGUCAUAGACAGCGUCCAGCUCUGGGAGGCCAGACGGGACUAUCUUGAAGCUUAUAGGCUCAUCGACAACUCUGUGUGCGAUGAGGUCAGAGCAACUAUCCCUAAACCUACGACUCCAGUACCUGGUGCAACUGAAAAACCAGGUCCUGGUCCUGGACCCGGCCCUGACGGCUCUACAAAGACUACGCCGUCCACUCAUAUAGGCCCCAGUGACCCGGAAAAAUACAUCUUCUGUCCAGGCUCAACAUGGGUCAAGUUCGACGAUUCUCACUUUUCACGAGAACAGAAUUCGUUCGAAGAUUUGAAGAUUGUUUUCAAGUCUAUGCGCCGUGAUGGCCUGUUGUGGUUUACGAACAAUCCCAACGGGAAACUCUACAUAAGUUUGAGAGGAGGAUAUCUUUGGGUGGAUCUAGAUAUCAAGACGGGCGAUUACAGGCAGAGGGUCCGCGCCCAACCUGCUGGGAUCCGGAUGGAUGAUGGCGAAUGGCAUUCGAUUCAGCUGACAAAGCAACAGCGUAACCUACGAGCCAUUGUCGAUGAUAAGUACAGCUACGACCAGCGGUUGACCUCGGAUUACUACAUCAUCAAUGAAGGGACGACCUUCCUCUGUGGUACCGAGAACCCGAGCAAAGACACGAACUACGAAGUGGACAGACAUUUCUAUGGAGACAUCAGAGAGGCUACCAUCUACGGCAACAGACAAACUCCCAUCGACUUCGUUCACCACAUCACUUCUGACCCUGAUUCCGAAUUCGUCACGCACGGUGGCGACCUCCAGAUCAAAAUAGGCACAGGUAUAGCCGUGCGGCCGACCUCCUCAACUGGUCCGGUCGAUCCAGCGGCCACCACGCCACCCCGCAAGACCAUCAACACUAUCAUCACGUUCACUGACCCCGACGCAUACAUCAGCAUGCCAAGGUGGGACGCAAGAAGAACCGGAGAUUUGGAGUUGAAGUUCAAGACUUCUCAACCGAAUGGCGUCCUGCUCUACAAUGGCGCAAGUUUUGGAUCACGUGACUUUGUUGCCGUCGAACUGUAUGAUGGGAGUCUGUGGCUUGUGACAAGUUUGGGCACCGAUGUUGUCAGGCAGUUGCUUAGUAACCGUCGCAUGAAUGAUGGUGUGUUUCAUAAGCUACGACUGGAGAGAGAUGGGCGCAGGUUCAAGGCUCAGGUCGAUGACUACGUUACUGAGCUGGAUGUUCCCAGCCGGGACUCAACUUUGGACCUAGAAACUUAUCUCUAUUUGGGAACGACCAAUGACUACAGCCGACUGCCGUGGCAAAUCUGGUCUCGCACAGGCUUUCUCGGCUGUAUCAGGGACCUUGUUGUCAACACCGUCCAGCACGACGUGGCUAAAUACCUCAGGGGCCAGAGCCAUCCAGGCAUCACCAUUGGGACCACCUGUGACCACCCGGCACUCGGAUGCGUGUCUCAGCCUUGCUUCAAUGGCAUCUGUAGAGACAAGUGGGGAAGCUAUACUUGUGAUUGUAGUGGCUUGCCCUACACUGACCAGAAAUGUGACAAGUUUGCACCGAUUGUAAGCUUCGACGGGAACAUGUUUGUCAAGGUCGACGCGAGAAAGCCGCCACACCAGACACACGUGAAUGACAUCUCAAUUAGGUUCAAAACACCUCUCGAUGACACAGUGGUGUUCUGCACGGAAUCUCCCAAUGGCGACGAUUUCAUGCGAGUUCUUAUUGAGCAGGGCAAAGCCAAGUUCAUUGCGCGAGUCGGAGGAGUGGAAAAAGAGUUCUACCUCGGUGAUGCUCUGAAUGAUAACCAGUGGCAUACUCUGAACGUCCGUAGGCGGGCGGAUUAUGUUGAGUUCUGGGUGGACCGUGAAUCACCUCUAAGAGGCUUUAUCCCGGCCAAUGGGUUCUCUAUCGACUACAACAGUAUUUACUUCGGUUCUUGUAACGAAAAGAUGGAAACACCAGGAAAAUGGGGAAAUUUCAUCGGACAGAUGCAGAAUGGCAUUUUUGAUGGGUUUAAAAUAUUUGACGAUUUGUACCAAACGACACCGUCAGACUCCAAAGUGACUGUUACGGGAACGGCGCGCAAGGGGGACGAGACACUGCCCAUCGUCUUCAACGGAGUGACAUUCACUCGAGAUGACACGUACAUUGCACUACCGCAGCUGAACCCGUCGAAAAAGCUCCAUUUAUCCUUCCUAUUCAAGACGAAGGAUCCCAACGGGCUUUUAGCAUUCAGCGGUAUGCCUGGCAAACAACUGAUCGCCCUUGAGUUAGUCAACGGGAUCAUGCAUUACAUUUUUGAAAAUGGUGGCGAAUCGAAAGUCAGCAGCAUCCCGACGCCUAAUCCUCUAAAUGAUAACAAAUGGCAUUUAGUCAGCUUGGAACUACCAGAUCAGGAGCGUCAUAUCGUAACUGUUGACACGACGGUGGUCACUAUCAAGCCGGACCUAACUACCGGAGCCUCUGGUAACCUCGUCCCGCCAGGGCAGUUCUAUAUCGGAGGCGUCCCACAGAAUAUGUACGGAGUGAUGCCAGCGCUUGUCAACUCCAAAAAUGGCUUUCAGGGCUGCUUCGCCUCUUGGUACAUCAAUGGUCGUGUGCCGAAUCUGCUCGACACGUCGCUGACAUCUGGUGGAUACGUUACAGACGGUUGCGUAGGUCGGUCAGAUUUCUGUCAACCCAAUCCAUGUAAACAACUCGGUGCCCUCUGCGUGAACAUUCCUAACGGUUUCUACUGUAACUGUAAUAUGACGUCUUAUGUUGGCAGAUUCUGUACAGAAGAGGCGGAAGGCUUCCGCUUUGCUAAUGGUGGAAAAGAUGGUGUUGUUAUUUAUACCUACCCGAAAUUCAACAUGCCGACCACGGAUAAGGAUUACUUGGCCCUUGGGUUCAUGACCUGGUAUCAGAAUGGCGUCAUCUUCAGAGUCGAAGGCAAGGAAACAGACCCGAAGAAACCGCCCAACUUCGUCGAGGUUCGCCUGGAAAAUGGACACAUUGUGCUGGACUAUCGCUACACUGGUGGGCAAGGAAAGCUAAUCGAGACGUCUCGCACUUUCCAUGAUGGCCGGUAUCACGUGGUCCGUUUCUACCGAGACGGAAACGAGGCGAAGAUGUACGUGGAUACCCUGCCUGCCCAGGCCGGUUUUGUGGUAGAUGCCUCGGCCGGAGGAGGAGGAGGUGGUGGCGCAGCGACAUUUGCAAACCAACAUCUCAUUACGUCUGGCGGUCGGUGGGCAGCUGGAAGGACAUCCAAUGGCUUCAAUGGUAUCAUAGCCGGUGCCUACUGGAACGGCCUUCGUCUCUACGACUGGGCCAUUCCAAACCAGGGACACCAAGGCGAUAUUUUCGUUGCACCUCAUCUCUUCACCCUCCCAAAACCUGGGCACGGAGGCUACAUACCGCCAGGAGGAGGAACCAGUGGAGGAGGCGGCGUUGUCGUAGGCAAAGGUGGAGCGGGAGGAUUGGUAUUUGCGGCUGCUGCUCCUGCAGGUGGCUCUGCCGCGGCAACUGGAGUCACAGCCGCCGGCGCAAGUGCGGGGAUCAUCGCUGGAGUUUUACUUGCUCUUCUACUUGCCCUGACAUCGAUCAUCUGGGCGUUCUACAAGUGUAAACCUGGUUGGUGUGCCUGUGUAAGCGCAAAGGGCGCCGCGGCUGCUGGAGGAGGAGCAGGUGGAAUGACCAUUUCCGCACCGAAACCGACAAGUAACUAUCUCUUUUUGGGAGGAGCUGGUGGACUGUUUGGCAAGAAGGCUGAAGCCGCUGGUGCUGGUGCUGGUGCAGGUGCUGGUGCUGGCGCGGGAGCUGGUGCUGUCGUCGCCAAUGGUUCUGCUGGAGGUGGAUCCGCACUUCACGACGAUGACGCGGACCCAGACAGGGUUCCAGCACUGCCCCCAGUCCAUGAUGACGAGCAUGCUUCCGCACCACCUCCCACACCAGACUACGACGCAGCUGCGCCCAUUCCUCCACCUCUCCCACCCUAUCCUGAGAAUGACGAUGAUCGCAGGAGGGCACUCGGUCCUUCUGAGGACUGCAGCCGAGGACGACUUCCUACACCUGAUGAUUCGGAUGACGAGUCACGGCCACUCAUGCCACUUACUAUGGAUGAUUACGAUCGAAGUCGGGGAGGACUCCCAACUCCCGAUAAUGCCGACGGGCCAGGUAGGACAUCCAACGACGCCGAAUCUGCUCCACCUCUGCCGCCGAGGAACAAUGGCACUGGGUCGCUAAAAUUGAAUGGUAUCCUCAAGACCUCCUCCCACCGACAGAUGGCAGCACCUCCUUCCCAAUGGGCGACGCUCCCAAGGGUUGUUGUAUCGAGCCACCAUCCGAAAGGCUCGGUCUCAAGCGCCCUAACAAACCCAGAACUUGAGACCUCAUUCUCACAGUCCGUCGUAGCUGGAGGAGCGGGCGGCGGUGGAGGAGCCGCUGCGGGCGCUGGGGCCGCAACAUUCAUUGGCGGAGGAAGCGCCGUGGUUGAGAAUACCACGACCACAACGUACGCUGCCGGCGGAGGUGGCUCAGCCCGUGCUGGCGGAGGCGGUGCCGCCUACGUUGAUGGCGGUAGUGCUUUUGUUGGUGGGGGUAGUUCUUAUGCCGGCGGCGGUGGUUACGCGGGUGGAAGCUCCACCAUGAUGACGGAAAGCUACGAUCAUUCUAUGGCCGGAGGUGGUGGCGGUGGUGGAGGGUAUGCCGGCGGCUACGGAGCUGGUGCUGGAUACGGCGGGAGCUCCAACAUAACCAACAUCCACGAGUCGACAACAGUCACCAACACAAUGGUCGGAGGCGGCGGUGGAGGUGGAGCCGGCACGUUCUCCCGAAACGAUGCAUAUGGACUCGGAAUGUCUGGCUCAAAUUACAUGAGUUCUCAAUACCAGAUGGACCAGAGUAACUUGGCAGCAGGUGGUUACGGUGGGAGUAAUUUGAUGUCCGCGUCCAGCUCUUACUUGGGCAGUGGCACGAUGGGACACGGCGGCCUGAUCAACAUCGCGGAAGGUUCAGCUGCAGGCGUGACGACCAUUGCCCCUGAGAUUCGAGUAGAGAGUUUUACAUUGACAGCCGAUGGUAGAUCUGUUAUUACUGGGUCCGGUUCAUCAGCUCCUCAGGUGUGGGACAUGAGGACUGGUGAUCUUGUCCGUACCAUGGGAGGUUCAGGCCAUGGCUCAACCGACGUCCACCUGGCUGCUAACGAGUCCUUACUCGCCGGCCUUGUUACAGCUGACACCAUGAUCGACUCGUCCGACUUCAGAAACAAGAAGAAAAUGGAUAUGAAACUACAAAUGUGGGACUUCGUCUCUGGCCGGGCGUUUGAGAUGCCUUACCAAGAUAUCUGCACGGCAAGCUGCAUGUUGUCGGAUGGGGAACGGGUCGCCUUGGCCGGGACGGUUGGUAACACUACACAGCUGACGGUCUGGGACAUGAUGGGCAACGAACCGAUCAAGGAACUAAGCUUUACAGGCCCCGACGGGUUCUGUGACACUGUGACCUUCUUAGGGGCCAGUAAAGACGAUAAAUUUGUGGUCGCUGGAUUCUCGAGUAACUACGACGGGAAUGCACAUUUCCUGAUCUUUGAUCUCAAGCCGAAUCCGCACCCUCACGAUCCCAUGAUCUUCAGCAUCAACGCUGAGCCGGAAUGUACGCAAAUUCUUGAUGGACACGAGGCGAUCACGGGCACUCGAGACGGGGAGCUGACUAUAUGGAGCUUAAAGACCGGCAAGGCACUCCGUCACCUCUUCUCCUUGGCGAGCCCUCACACAUCCACUCGAUUAGGUGGCUCCUCAACCAUCCCACACAUUGGCCCAGUGACGGCAGUAGCUGUGUCGAAGGACGGCUCAUAUAUGGUGUCGGCGUCUGCAGAUCAUACGCUCAAGGUCUGGGACAUGAAAAAGGAGAAGAAUCUACACACUUUACGUGGUCAUGUCGAUGAUGUCUGGUGUGCUGCAAUAUCUAACGAUCACAGUCUCGUGGUAUCUGGGUCACGUGAUGGAACCAUCCGUCUUUGGCGAGCCAAAGGAGGAAACCAAAUAUCGGGCUUUCACGCGGGAAUGGACAUAUUCUCGGUCCAAAUAAGUGAUGACAAGUCGUCGAUCGUAGCAUUAGGAGAUAAAUAUCACUCAAGGAAACUGAUUAUUUUACAGAUUGUUCACACGAAAGUGCCAAAACGGACUCGUCCGACAAUCGGAAGUAGUGGAAGCGACGCAGUAUUCGCGUAAUGUCGCAAUCACGUAGAAAUGCUCGCAACCAGUUAAUAGAAAAAAAAUACUAUUUUAUACGAUAUAUUUUCAUCUAUGCAUCGAGACUUAAUACGAGUGAGUUCAGCUGAACUAGAGCCUACAACAUGUAUGAACAGUGUAGUGUAACGUUACUAGAACAUUUGGACUCUAGUUGGUUUGGAUCAAACGAUAGUAGACUUCGAAUCUAAGGUGCUAUGAAAGUAUGGUACUGAAGGCCGGGGUUACAUAUGAUUCAGGUAGUCACUUGUCACUUUUCACGAGCUUGUUUUUUUAAUGUAAUUUGAAUUGAAGACAUGACACAAGGAUAUAAAGUGACAUCGUGAAUCCUAUGUAUCCUACUCUAUGGAAGUGACGUGUUCGUUUUUAUAGUGACAUGUGUGACCUAUAUGUAAACAUUGCCUAAUGAGAUUGUGGCUGGUUAUCAUGACACCAUCACGUGAAACAUAAGGAAAAGAUAUUUUUAAGAUAUCUUUGAACUCCUCGACUCUUCACAUGACGUCUUCCCAGUGCUUAGGAUAUGAUGGGAGUGCUGUAAUAUUAUAUAGGAGGUACAUGAUAUGAAUCUUGAAGACGCUUGUCCUGCAAUAAGACACCAGUGAAUUUGCCCAAGGUAUAACAUUUGGUCCUUGCUUCAGUUCAAGGAGUACCUUGGCCAAUGCGUAAGUUACCUAAACAGGCCUUGUGAACGAACAAAGUUGAAUUUGUAUGACUUAAUUAUCUGAUGUACUUUAAUGCACAUACACUGUAGCAUAGUUUUCGUAGUCAUGACGUAAAAAUUUCUCUUGAUAUUCAAGAUAAACUAAAAUGAGCGUGAUAAAUACAUUAACCACUAAAUUUGUACGGCUUUUUUCGCGAAAGAUUCAGUUUUUGAGCAGAUUAUAAACCUUCUUUCAUAAAAUAUUUUCGCGCCAAUAAAUGACGUAAUCUCUGGAUGAAUUUCACAAUGCAAGCGAUCUUGUAUAUCCUGUAUCUUGAAUAUCAUACAAACUUUCAAAAUGAUACCUCAUGUCGAAAUUCCAUAUAAGAUUCAUGUAAGAUCUUAGUUAAGAUCUCAUUAGGUUUCGUGUAAAUGGAAAUAAACAUUCAUGACAAGAUUCUUAGUUAAAAUCUUAUGUAAGUAAGAAUCGUGCGUAGAUUGUACAUGCACAUGUACACGAAACUCAAUAAGAUUUUACCUAAGAAUCUUAUAAGUACAUGUAUCAUGUCUGGAUUUUCGACCUAAGAUACCACGGGCAACAUCUUUUGACUUAUGAUACAAUUCUCCUGAUCGACUCUCCCCCCAAGACAGCUGCUGCCUUCUAGCGAAAUCGAAAUCGACUACUGGUGUGUGUGGGACUGAUUAUUGAAAUCGUUGCCAUCAAUCGUUUGUGAUCUUUCAAUAAGCAAAAAGUGUAUGUAUGGCAACGAAGCCGUAUGGUGCUAAAGACGUGUAAUAAUGAGCUAUAUGAAACUAAUUCUGACUUGUAAUGUUAUAUGUGGUUCUGAACCUCGCAUAGGCUAGAGGGUGGAAUAUUUUUGUAGUUUUUCAGUUAGAAAUAAUUCGUGGGAAGAAUCUUUGAAUACGAAGUUAUUGGGAUUUUCGACGUGGGCUAAUUCAUCGUAGACGAUUCCUCUGCCUAUCCAAAUUGAUGUUAGAUACAUCGGAUUUUGGGAAAUGUGUUCACUUAACAACAACAUCUUGAUAAAGUGCAGUUUAUGGCAAAAAUGCUGUACAGCCAUGCACAGCAAAUCCCACGUCGUGGAAGAACAUUAUGUGAAAGAAAUGUAUAUUUUUGUGUACUGCUUAUUAUUUUAACUGCAUGUAUUGUUAUUGCUGACGUAGGGGACCCGUUUUUAGCUUAAUGUAAUAUUAUGCUUUCGCUCACUGCCUGUAGCACGUUAUAUAAUACGUGAAAUGACGCUUGACCCGCGAUAGUCCGAUAUAUGGGUCGAUCCUACGGACUGCUGUUGAAUCUCAAUGUCAUUUUUAUUUCAACCAUUUGAUUUGUCAUGAUGAUAAUGAGCCUGACAUCUAUCAACGAAUCCAAUAAACCUCAACUUUAAACGCCACCUGCACAGCGCAAAAGCGAUCAUCUAUUGUUUGUGACCUUGCAUGUAUCUUGGUACAUGUAUGUUAGUAUUGAAUUAGUAGUCAACUACAUACUCAUGAUUGGGUCAUCCCAUUUUCGGACAAGAAAAUUUCAAUGUAGGUUCAUGUUAAAUCCAUGAAGUGCUAAAUAAAACCUUUUGGUUUUCUUUUUUGAAACAUGAUCUUUCAUACACUUACAAUAGUAUGCUCCCAGCUAAAGUGUUUUCCGUUAGAUAGAAAUACUAGCUUAUAUAUAGUUAAUGACUGCGCUGACAAAUCGUCAGCUCAGGGUUAACAAGCUGCAUCUGACAUUUUGGUUGAUCCGAGAAAAACACAAUUGAAAAUUCAAAACCCCAAUGGAAAUGCAGUUGUUUUGAGGAGUGUUUUUGUUUAUUACACAUCAACCGGUUUAGCUACAAGUACGAUUUAAACUUGUAAUUAAAUGUCAUGGAAAGUGCAUUAAUUAAAGAUGAUAAAAUCAAUUUGACAAAAAUGCGGACACAACUAGUUAACCCUGAGCCGACGAAAUGUCUGUCCUCAGCUCGGAGCUAUCGGCGACUGACCUUCAAUGAGUAACUGCCCCCAGUUCCGGUCUUUAUCCUUUUUCUGCUGAUAAUCGGGCCACCUGAGGGUUUCAUCCGACCCAUGGGAGACCACGUCGCUGUUAUGAUAUGCGACUAGAUUGUUCAUGCAUGCUAUUUAAUAUUCAAAAAUAAAAUGAAUAUAGAAACAAAAAUUAGAGUACGAUUUUAUGCAAUAAUAAUUAAAUAAGUUAAUAUGUUUAUAUGUAUGUAUUUGCUUUCAGUUUAAUGUACAUAUUUCGUUAUUAAAACGGUCACUAGAAGGCGACGCUAACAAA